AUGGUUUUCCUUAUUGAGCUCUUUGAGUACAAGGGUAGACCAAGAAUUGAACAACUGGCUAAAGUAAUCAAAUGUGCCAACAAGAAAAGCAAUCAGGAGCAGUGCACUGGUGGAGAUCGGAAAGAUGUGUUUUUCUAUCAAGUUGAUGAUCAGCACUACAUACCGCGAGCUUUGCUGAUUGACCUGGAGCCAAGAGUAAUUAAUGGUAUUCAAAACAGUGAAUAUCGAAAUCUCUACAAUCAUGAAAACAUCUUUGUUUCAGAUCAUGGAGGUGGCGCAGGAAAUAAUUGGGCCAGUGGAUAUGAUCAGGGAGAGGGUGUUGAAGAGGCUAUAAUGGACAUGAUUGAUAGAGAAGCUAAUGGAAGUGAUAGUCUUGAAGGAUUUGUUCUGUGCCAUUCAAUUGCUGGAGGAACAGGCUCAGUACUUCCUAUUGACUACAAUGCUGGGUCAAACAAGUAA